UACUCGUAAUUAUAAACACUUCAAAAAUUACAGUACGAUGUUUAGAGUUUCUACAAAAGUAAAAUUUUUUUGUAUUUCCAGCUCAGUUAUUGAAAUGUGUAGUAGUUAAUAAUUUUGGUUUAAUAACUUACCAUAUAAAUCUAUGUAUACAAUAAAUAAACCAUUCAUAAAUCCAAACGGUCAGAAUCUAGUUGACACUAAAUUAAAAAAAUGGCAGCACAAAUGUCUUUAAAUCAGAAUGAGACACUUGCAGUAACAGCUCAUUCACCGUCUAUACCUCAGAAAAACAUAGGUUAUCUAAUACAGAGAAAUGAUCUCAUGGAUGAUGAAGAAAACGAAGAAGAUGAAUUCUCUAUAAUGUCUGAGACAAUUAAUAUCUGUACUCAAACUAGGCUAAACAGAAUAUGUAUGCGCAGUGGCUUAAUCGGAAAAUAUGUAAAACAAAUAAUUCCAAUCCAUAAACCGAAAAAGAGGAAAAUAAAGUUAAUGGAUUGGAAGAGAUACCACAGACUCAGCGUGAUAUAUGCCUUUAUUGAUGAACUUGAAAAGGAUUACCCUGCCAUUUGUACUGUCACUGUAAUAGGUAAAUCUGUUGAAGGGCGUGACAUCAAAAUGUUGAAGAUUUCAAACAGUGAUGCACAGAAUUCUGCUGUAUGGUUAGAUGGGUCCAUACAUGCCCGUGAAUGGAUCAGUACUGCAGUAGUUACUUACAUAGCUGAUACCUUGGUAAAAAAUUUUAAAAAGCUACCGAAAUCUAUCAUCAAUAAAGACUGGCAUAUCGUUCCAAUUCUAAAUCCUGACGGUUAUGAAUACACACAUACUCGUGAUCGUAUGUGGAGAAAAAAUCGGGCAUGCUACGAUGGAAAAUAUGGUGUGGAUCUUAAUAGAAACUUCAGUUAUGGUUGGGGCUACAAUGGCGAAGAAGGUUCAUCUGAUGAACCAAAUAAUGUAUUUUAUAGAGGACCAGCACCUUUUUCUGAACCCGAAACUGUAGCCGUAAGAGAUACAAUAUUAAAGUCAACAACACCAUUCAAAGUAUUUCUAUCAUUUCAUAGUUACUUUGAACUCAUUAUUUUUCCAUGGGGAUAUAAAAAAGAUCCAUGCCCACACUACCUUAGAUUGUUAGAAGGCGCUACUGUGAUGGCAAGGGCAAUUUACGAUUGUACCGGAAUGACAUACAAAGUUGGCAGCACCAAGGACAUGACUUAUUUGGCUUGUGGAACGAGUACGGAUUGGAGUUAUGCUACAGCGAAGAUACCUUACUCUUACAUGGUGGAACUUAGAAGUAAAAAACACAAAUUCAAGCUGCCAAAAGACCAAAUUAUGGACACAUGUUUAGAAAUUUGGAAUGCAGUGAAGAGUCUUAUGGAUUUUGUGGAUAUAAAUGAUAUAACAACUAAUUGAUAACGUACUAGUCGAACUGUAAUUAAUCCAGAUGUAGUGAUCAUUAUAGUUAGUGUUAUUGUUAAAUGAUCAAUUAAAUGUAUUAAAUAAUUAUGAUCAAUUA